GCGGUUUUAGAGAAGGUUGGGACCCGAACGAGCGGCAGCCACCAGCCUACACAAACCGCCAGCCAAUUAACGCCAGAAAUGGCAGGUUCACCAUCACUUCUCCUACCCCCCUCCUAAACCCGAACAUUAGCCCUAAUUACUUGCUCCCAUACUCCCGAGAAGAUGAGCUCUCUCCUUAGGUCCGGUCACCGUCUCCUUUCCUCAAAACCCCCGAUCUCGACCCCUAUUCUCCGUCGCUUCUCCCUCCCGGCGAAGAAGGAGGACGCCGACGAGGGAGGGGAGCCAGAGGUGUUCGACCAGCGGAAGCUCCCCGCCGACUUCGACCCCGCCACCUUCGACCCAGCGAACGCCCGAAGCCCUCCCUCCGACCGCGUCUGGCGCCUCGUCGACGAUGUCUCCGCCCUCACCCUAGCUGAGGUCGCCGAACUCUCCUCCAUCCUCGUGCGGAAGAUGGGCCUGAAGAAUCCUCCGAUCAUCGGCGUCUUGAACGCCGGCGCCGGUGGGCCCGGGCCCGCCGCCGCCGGGGUGGCGGGGGCGCUGGGGACGGAGGAGAAGAAGCAGGAGAAGACGGUGUUCGAGCUGAGGCUGGACUCGUUCGACGCCGCCGCUAAGAUCAAGGUGAUCAAGGAGGUGAGGGGGUUCACGGAUUUGGGGCUGAAGGAGGCCAAGGACUUGGUGGAGAAGACGCCGACUAUUAUCAAGAGAGGCGUCUCAAAGGAGGAGGGAGAGCAGAUCAUUGAGAAGAUGAAGGCCGUUGGAGCAAAGGUCGUGAUGGAGUGAUGAAGAAAGAGAGGCGAGGUUGAGCAAAAGGAAGUCUUUGGGCGCAAAAAAGAUGCAAGGAGGUAUGGGAAAGAUCUCUGCUACUUGUUUCUUGAGCAGAUGUUUGUUCCAGAAUGAUUUUGGAGCCAAGAUGUGUGUAGUUGAGAAAGAAUUUUCCAAGGGGAUGCUUAUUCUUCACUCUUGCAUUUAAGAGAGCAAUCUUGGGUCAGUUUUGCCUGUGCUUUCUCAUCUGUCACCUUGAUGACAUAGUUCUCAUGUAGUCUUUAGUGAAAAGGUAAAUAAGCUAAGAAGUUGAUUAAACUUUUCACAUGUUACUUUGAUUCACAGGCUUAAUGCACCAUUUUGGAAUAAAUCCUGAUACCAUCAUGUGUAUGCAU